AUGGAGAACCAAGCAUCGACAACUGCUUAUAAAGCCCACAUCAUUGUGCUCCCAUUUUAUGCACAAGGUCACAUAAACCCUGUACUUCAAAUUGCUAAGCGUUUUGCCUCUAAAGUCAUCAAAAUUACUGUAGCAUCACUUGCAUCAGUUGGAAGCGCUGUACAUCAUGAGUCCUUUUCAUUUGAGCCAAUAUACGAUGAUUAUAAAGAAGGUGGUUAUGCAGGACCAGGAGGAUACAAGGGCUUUGUUCAAAGGUUUGAUGCUACUGCACCUGUUAAUUUAAUUCAAGUCAUCAAGAAGUUAGAACAAACUAAACACCCAGUUAAGUGUUUAUUGUAUGAUCAAUCUGUAUCAUGGGCUAUCGAUAUAGCCAAGCAGCAAGGACUGGCUUCAUUUGCAUUUUUUACAAUGUGUUGUACUAUGAUUGCAAGUUUAUAUCCAUUGUAUCAUGAGCUUGUAAAUGAACCAUUACCCAUCUCUUCUUUUCCAUUACCUGAUUUACCUGAGAUGAGAAGUCCAUAUGUUCCAUCAAUGGGUUCCACUACUAGCCGAUUUUCACCUCUCGUAGGAACCCUUGUUGAACAAAUCAAGGAUAUUGGCAGAGCAGAUCGGGUUUUAUUCAACACCUACAAUGAAUUGGAACAAGAGGUGAUUAGUGAUUAUUUCCUUCACAUUUUCAUCGUUUUCCCUAUUAUAUCUUAA